ACGGAGAGCCCUGCACGCACUCGAGGUGGGAAAAGUCUCGGGGUGCCGUUCCCAACGCGGGGCCGCGGCACCCUGCCGGGACAGGGAGCCCCCCCGGGCAAGGAUACCCCCUGCGCCUGCCAGAGCCCCGCGGAGCCGCCCCGGCCCUGCCGCCACCCGCGGGGUCGGACUGCAAAAGUUUUCCCGACUCUUCCCUGGGCUCCACGGCUCCCCGAGCUGAAAGGGAAGCAGGGUGAGACAUAAGUGGGGAGAGUCGGAGGAAAUUGAAAACAUAUUUUAAAAUGUAAGCGGGUCGGAGCCAGCCCGAGCCGGUGUGCGGGUGAUGAGGCGUAUGGAGGGACCGGGACCGGCCCGGCGGAGCAGAGGCGUCUGCAGACCCCAGAGCUUCCACGGAACUUUCAGCCCCUAUUGGUAACGUUUUUAGCGAGGGGACAGGAGUAUCUGUCCCGAAAUAGGGCAAAACAGUUCUCAAAAACCUUCACUGUAACUUAAACCAGAUUGCCAGGGAGCAGCCGCGGCCAGAGGCAGCCGCCGGAGCUGCUCGCCGGGCGAGAGGAUGCCGCUGCCCUCCUCGAAUCUAUUCCUCCCCCGACCAGCUAGCGAGAAACAUCUCCGGGAGCUGGGACCUUUUAAGGCACCCGAUCCAGGUGACUUGAGCUGCUCGCAGAGAGAAGAAAAUUAGAAGAAAAAAAAAAAAAAGUAAAUGCAACGAAAUCGGAGAAAUUAUUUCGCCCAGUUUCCAAAGAGGAUGCGGGCACCGCGGGCUGGCGUCGUGCGGCGGGAGCGAUGCGAGCGCCCUCCGCACAGCCCGACGGCGGGCACCGGGGGUCCCAGUCCGGCUCCCCGGCUCCGCCACUCCUCGGCCACUCUCCGCCUCCCGGACUGGAUUUUCUCCCGCCCCAUGCCGGGAUGGCUGACCCAAGCUCCAGCGCCGAGAGCCGGUGGGGACACCAACCUGCCAGAGACUCAGACGGCACCGCGGCACUUCCGAGGGGCAGCAGAGGCGCAGCACGGCCCCGGCCCUGCAGCACUUUCGGGGGAGCCCCCGGUGCCCCGGCCCCGCUGGACGCGCCGGCGGCUCCUCGGGACCGGCCCCGCCUGCUACGGCAGCGGGCAAGGGGUGCCGGGAGGCCGGGCCCCCCGACGGGGACCCCGAAACCCAACGGCACCCACAAGUUACAGAGGGAACUUUUUCUAUGAAGCGGGUUUUUUUUUAAGGCUUCCGUCCAUAAGCCGUCCGUGUGCAGACAUAUUACCCCGAUUACUGUAACUACCUGCGAGCCGGGGAGUAAUAUUUAUCUAUUUAGAUAGGAAGGGUCGCGGUGGAAAAAAAUAUCCAGCCUGGAAAUAUACAUCGUCUUUUCCUUUAACCCCUCCUCAUUCAUCCAGCCGAUCCCCCACCCCCUCCAUACACAAACCUACUCAAUUUAUAGAGAAGCCUUUACAAUCCAGAACAGUUUCUGGAAGAAGGGAGGACUCCAGAUGAAAUAAUCCCCCUCCCUACACACACACGUACACACAGACACACACGCACAUACACACACUUCCCCCCGCGCGUGCUCAGGAAGGCAAAUUAAAUAGUUAAAGGCUUCGAUUUCUCUCUCUCUCCCUUUUGUUACCCAAUUUUGGAACAUUUAAGGAUGGGUGUGUGUAUUGUAUUCAAUAAUAAAAGCUAUAGGGCCGCCAGGACAUUUAUCAUCCUAUUACUGUAACAAAUCCGGGCUCCCAAUACAUGAAAGGUAAAAUGAAUUACCGACGUUAAGCCGUCAAUAAAGUCAUUUCUGUAAAUGGUGUCUCCGAAGGACUGCAGCAUUAUUCAACUAGCUUUAUCAGCAGCUGGGAAAUUACGUGAAGAAGCUCGCAGCGUGUAAUAUGGCCCUGCUUACUUUGAUUAAGCGUCUUGCCAGGGAAUAGUGACAGUGCUUUUGACCAGGUUUUAUUCGCCGUCCUGUGAUGAACGCCAAGCUGAUCAGGCGGAAUGAAGAGUAAUUAAAACCUAUAAAUUAUCUUUUGCAGCCCUUCUCAAGGCGUCUCUUGCAGGAGAGAUAAGGCAGCGAGCCCCCAUUUACAGCUCUGAAAGGGACCGCGGCUCACAAAGGCUACGUGGCUAA